UGCACCAGAUCAUUUGACAGGUUUUUUUAUUUUUGGAGUGUUUUGGAGCAAAUGAUAAUAAAUGGCAAAAUGAAAAAGCUAUUGUUAAGUUACUGUCAAGAAAUUAUAUAUUUAUUCCAUGAUUUUUAAAAAGAACAAAAAUUUAUUUUAAUGACAACAAAAGUAAAUCGAAAAAAUGGAAUAUGAUUAUCUGCCCUUGCAGAAAAAAAAAGACGUACAUAAUAAAUGUUGUGGUGGUAAAUUUUGGUGUAUAAAGGAUAUUUGUGGAAUUAUUUGUGCAAUAUUAACAUGGCUAUUAAUUAUUUAUGCUGAAUUUGUUGUCAUGGUUAUAAUACUCCUUCCAACAAUUAACACAUUUUAUUCAAGUGUCAAUAUGGUAAUAUUUCAAAUGCUUACAUUUUUAGCAUUUGCAUCACAUCUUCAAACAAUGUUUACAGAUCCAGGAGCAGUACCAAAGGGUAAUGCAACUAAAGAAAAAAUUCAACAAAUGGGAUUUAGAGAAGGUCAAAUAAUAUUAAAAUGUCCAAGAUGUUGUUCAAUAAAACCUGAUAGAGCUCAUCAUUGUUCAGUAUGUCAACGUUGUAUUAAAAAAAUGGACCAUCAUUGUCCUUGGGUUAAUAAUUGUGUUGGUGAAAAUAAUCAAAAGUAUUUUGUACUUUUUACUUUUUAUAUCGCUGGUAUUUCAUUACAAUCACUUUUUUUGUGUAUACAUCAAUUUACAACAUGUGUAAGACAAGAAUGGAGAGAGUGCUCGACAUUUAGUCCACCAGCAACUGUUGUUUUUUUAUUAUUUUUAACAUUUGAAGCAUUAUUAUUUGCAAUUUUCACUGCAGUUAUGUUGGGAACACAAUUACAAGCAAUAUGGAAUGACGAGACGGGAAUUGAACAAUUGAAAAAAGAAGAAGCAAGGUGGGUAAAAAAUAGUAAAUGGAAAUCAAUUAGAGCUGUAUUUGGUCGUUUUUCAAUUGCAUGGUUUUCACCAUUUACAUCACCACCAAAUGCUAAAAUUAAAUUAGACUCUUAUUUAUAUUCUGUUUAAUUAUUUAAUAGAAAUGUUGUAUAUAUUAUUUUAUUGUUGUGAAUAUUUAUACAUCAACAAAUAAAUGUCGAAAAUUAAAAAUCAUCAUCGUGAUCAAAAUGGCACGUCUACAAGAGAAAAAAAAUGAUCAAUUUAAAUAUUUAAUAUUUUUAUCAAUAUUUGUAUAUCGUGUUAAAGACCAGGCUAUUUUUUUUUUAUACUCUAAAACGAGUUAUCAAACUGAUAAUAAUAGUAGUAAUAAUAAUAAUUCAGGGAAAAGCAAUUUUUACUGUCAUCGUACCUAAAACUAAUAUGUAAAUAAUGAUAUUGAUUUUUAUUUUUUUUUAAAGAUCUAUCACGACUUUUAUACAAAUUUCGAAUUUCGAUUUUAUCAGAAUUAUUUCGAUUAAUUCACAAAUUUAUUUUAAUCAAAUGUAUUUUUACUUUUCCUCGUUUAAAAGUAAACGCAAAAAAAAAAAAUAUGUGUUAGAAAUUUAAUUAAUAGCUAAUAUUUUUAAUUUCAAUUUUAAAAAUUAAAUUAAAUCUUCCGGAUAAUUUAAAAAUUACAUGUAAUUGUUUUAUCAAUACGCACAUUGAAUUAAAAAUUUUUUCGUAACAAUAAUUUAUGUUAUUUUGUAGAUGAAAUAAUAUGUUUUAAUAAAAUGUGCAAUUUGUGUGAUAACUAUUAAACUAUAAUCGUAAAAAAAAAACAAAAAAAACUCAUGAAAUUCUAUACAAAUAAAAUCAAAGAAAAAAAACAAAUAAUUAUAUUAAUAAAAACACAGUAAUUGUCUUUUAAUAAAUAAAUAAAUUUAUAUAAAUUAAACCAGGAAGUAUUGUGAAUAUUAAUUUUUUUAAUAAAGUCAUAAAUAUAAGUAUGCCUUCGAGGGUAAUAAUGAUCAAGAAUGUAUCUCAUGUUUUCUACGAAAAACCAGAAUUCAAGCUUUCGCCUUCAAGCAAGCUGAAAAUAAUUUAAAAAAACGCAUCAAAGAGAGUAAAUAUAUCUUGAUACUCUUGUUGAAAACUUUCAUUUGCUAUUUUUUUUUAUAUUUUUAUU